CGGUCAACACUCGUUCUGUUUCCUUGACCUCGACUUUCGUUUCGGGCCUUCGUUACUCGGCGUGUGCUCCGUGUUCCGUGUUAGUCUCUCUGACUUGCACGACUCGUCGGACUGCCCAUUCCUCCUCCUUUCCCCCCCUGCACCACUAUCACGAGGCGGGCCAGUCUCAGCAACAUCAUUCUCCGCCGGCCCUCCUCUCGAACAUCCGUCGACCGAACUUGAGAGUUGCCUCACGACCUUGUUUUGUUGGCUAGUUACUGGCAUCGCUCCCACCAUCAUGGCUCUAAACCUGCCGUCUAUGGGUGGGAAUGGGGCCCAUACACAACCCUCACUACCCUCGUUGCCGUCACAUCUUCAGUCUGAUACACACUUGACUGCACACCUUGCCAGUCGCUUCCAUGUCUCCUUACCUACUGCGAAGCUCUCCUCCCACGCGCUCAUAGCUCUUAACACCUACACUUCGUCCCUAAAGGGGAUCGAUGGCACGAAGGAGGGAAGCGCCAUGGCCGGCGCCGAGGAUGUAGCAGAGAGGGCCUUUCUCAGGCUGGGCCACCGUUCGGAAAACCAGGCCGUUGUUUUCCUGGGUGAAUCCGGAGCAGGCAAGACGACCGUCCGAUCCCAUCUCCUUACUGCGCUCCUCAACAAGUCCUCGACGCCGCUCUCUAACAAAGCCUCCCUCGCCGCCUAUGUGUUCGACACCCUCACAACAACCAAGACGGCCACAACACCAACUGCCUCCAAGGCCGGGUUGUUCUACGAGCUUCAGUACGACACUUCCUCCACGACCAGUCCUAUUCUCAUCGGCAGUAAGCUUCUUGACCAUCGUCUAGAGAGGAGCAGGAUCACGGAUGUCCCAACUGGAGAGCGCAACUUCCACGUCCUGUACUACCUUCUGGCGGGUACAAGUGACGCGGAGAAGGGUCACCUUGGAUUUGACCAGCCACACGGCUCGGCGCAGAGAAGAUGGAAGUACCUUGGCCAUCCCACGCAGCUCAAGGUUGGCAUCAACGACGCCGAGGGAUUCCAGCUGUUCAAGACGGCCCUGCGGAAACUCGAGUUCCCUCGGAGUGAAAUCGCCGAGCUAUGCCAGACCCUCGCCUGCAUUCUCCAUAUCGGUCAGCUAGAGUUCGACCAUUUUUCCAAUACCCAAGCGACCGGCGAUGACAGCGGUGGCUUCUCCCACGAGGGCGGCCAGACCGUGACGACUGUCAAGAACAAGGAUGUCCUGGGCAUCGUCGCCGCCUUCCUCGGCGUUGGCGCCCAGGACCUUCAGUCAACUCUCGGUUACAAGACCAAGAUGAUUCACAAGGAACGCGUAACUGUCAUGCUUGACCCUGCCGGCGCCCGAGCCAACGCAAACGAGCUGGCCAGGACCCUCUAUUCUCUCCUCGUGGCGUAUGUGAUCGAGAACAUCAACCAGAAGCUCUGCGCGCCGGAAGAGUCGAUUGCAAACACCAUCUCCAUCAUCGAUUUCCCAGGAUUCUCGCAACAAUCGUCCACAGGUUCUGCCCUGGACCAGCUUCUCAACAAUGCCGCGACCGAAUCUUUGUACAAUCUCACCUUGCAGCACUUCUUCGACCGGAAGGCCGAUAUGCUUGAGACGGAAGAAGUCAGUGUCCCCGCGACCAGCUACUUCGACAACUCGGAUGCCGUCAAGGGGCUCCUCAAGCCCGGAAACGGCCUGCUCAGCAUCCUCGACGACCAGACCCGGCGCCAUCGUACCGACAUGCAGCUCCUCGAGAGUCUGCGGAAGCGCUUCGAGGGCAAGAACCCCGCCAUCACUGUGGGCUCUGCGACAGCUAAGCUCCCCGGGAGCAACUUCAUGUCAGAGAACAGUGCAGCGACCUUCACGGUCAAGCACUUUGCGGGCGAGGUUGAUUACCCAAUCAAGGGACUGGUUGAGGAGAACGGCGAAAUCAUCUCGGGAGACCUGUUGAACCUGGUCAACUCCACCAAGAGCGAGUUUAUCGCCCGCCUGUUUGGACAGGAAGCCUUGCAGACUGUGGUUCAUCCGCAAGAGCGGACGACGGUCAUGCAAGCCACUGUCAUGUCGAAGCCAAUGCGAGCCCCCAGCGUCAUGUCACGACGACCUGGCCGGGCCAUGACUGCUCGCGCGGCCCGUCCGGCCUUGCAGGAAAGAGAGGCAUCUCUGGAUGAGGUGAGCGAGGCCGGUGGUUCCAGGAAAGGGACGCGGCACAGCGAGCAGGGUGCUUCGGGGCAGUUCUUGUCAUCCCUGGAGAAUGUCACCAAGUCCAUCACCGGGUUGAACACCAACUGCUAUUUCUUCUUCUGUCUCAAGUCGAACGAUCGCCGCAUUGCAAACCAGUUCGACAGCAAAUGCGUACGGGCUCAGGUCCAGACUUUCGGCAUUGCCGAGAUCAGCCAACGGCUCAGAUCAGCCGACUUCAGUCUGUUCCUGCCGUUUGGCGAAUUCCUCGGCCUGGCCGACUCCGACACGAUCCUAGUCGGCAGUGAGCGGGAAAAGGUCGAGCUGGUGGUGGAGGAAAAGAGAUGGCCCAGCAACGAGGUCCAGAUCGGUUCCACCGGUAUCUUCCUCAGCGAAAGGUGCUGGAUGGAAAUUGCUCCAGUGGGCGACAUCGGCUCGCAGUCCGGCCGUUUCGGCCUGCCGUCAGAGACGGCGCCCUCGGAUGCCGCUUUCGGCGCAUCGAAAGAGCGACUGAUCUCGGCGAGCAACACGCCACAUUCUUUCGGGGACAGGAAGGCCGGGUAUUUCGGGAGCAAUGAUGUGGAUGCUCGCUCCGACGCCGGCGUGUCUGCCUUUGGGGGUGGCGACAUGUUUAAGAACCUCGACACCAGGGAGCAGAUGGCGGAGAGGGGCAACGAGAAGAAGCUGGUCGAGGUUGAGGAGUUCAAAGACAGCUCUAGCCGGAAGCGCUGGGUGUUCAUCACCUACCUCUUGACCUUCUUCAUCCCCGACUUCCUCGUCAGGUUCCUGGGGAAGAUGCCGAGAAAGGAUGUUCGCAUGGCCUGGAGGGAGAAGGUGGCCAUCAACAUGAUCAUCUGGUUCUUCUGUCUCCUGGCCGCCUUCUUCAUCGUCGGAUUCCCCAUGCUCAUCUGCCCGCGGCAACACGUCUUCAGUUCGGCGGAGCUGACGUCGUACAACGGCAAGUCUGGCAGCAAAGGCGCCUAUGCCGCCAUUCGCGGCCAGGUCUUCGACAUCGGGUCGUACGCUCCAAGGCACUACCCGAGUUACCUCCCCACCAAGAUGCUCACCCAGUACGCCGGCUUAGACAUUACCGCUCUCUUCCCCGUCCAGGUGUCUGCCCUGUGCCAGGGCAAGGACGGUUCGAUAGAUCCGCAUGUCACUCUGGACUACAAGUCGACCAACGUGUCCGGAUCUCCGGCCGUCAUCAAUAGCCAGGACCUGAACGCCAAGUACCACGAUUUCCGCUAUUUCACAAACGACAGUCGGCCGGACUGGUUCUCCGAGUCCAUGAUCAUGCUGAAGGCGGGUUACAAGGUCGGAAACGUCGGUUACACGGCAAAAUAUGUUUCCACGCUGGCAAACAAGCAGAACUCGAUCGCCAUCCUCAACAGUCGUGUUUACGACCUCACCAAAUACUUGGCCGGCGGCCGUCGUCAGGAGGCCGCCCCGGGAGAGCAGGAGCCUGACGAUCCCGAUGCUGUCAACUUCAUGGACCAGCUCGUCAUCGACUUGUUCCAGCAAAAAGCGGGCGGGGACGUAACCAAGUACUGGCAGGCACUCGCCCUCGACCCUCAGAAAAAGGCAGCCAUGCUUCUCUGUCUGGACAAUCUCUUCUACGUCGGCGAUGUCGACACCAGAAACUCGGUCCGCUGCAAGUUUGCCGAAUACCUGAUCCUGGCCGUGUCGAUUAUGCUCUGCAGUGUCAUCGGCUUCAAGUUCUUCGCCGCUCUCCAGUUUGGGACCAAGAACACGCCCGAGAACCUCGACAAGUUCGUCAUGUGCCAGAUCCCUGCGUAUACGGAAGACGAGGACUCGCUGCGCCGCGCGAUUGACUCGGCCGCCAGGAUGCGAUACGACGACAAGCGCAAACUCCUGGUUGUCAUCUGCGAUGGCAUGAUUAUCGGCCAAGGCAACGACAGGCCGACGCCUAGAAUCGUUCUCGACAUCCUGGGAGUGUCGGAGACGGUGGACCCCGAGCCGCUGAGCUUCGAAUCCCUCGGCGAAGGUCUCAAGCAGCACAACAUGGGCAAGGUCUACUCGGGUCUCUACGAAGUCCAGGGCCACAUUGUCCCGUUCCUGGUCAUUGUCAAGGUCGGCAAGCCCUCCGAGGUGUCACGCCCUGGUAAUCGUGGCAAGCGAGACUCACAGAUGAUCCUCAUGCGGUUCCUCAACCGCGUGCACUACAACCUACCCAUGAGCCCUCUUGAGCUCGAAAUGUACCACCAGAUCCGGAAUAUCAUUGGCGUCAACCCCACCUUCUACGAGUUUAUGCUACAGAUCGACGCCGACACCGUCGUUGCUCCCGAUUCGGCCACUCGCAUGGUCUCGGCCUUCCUGGACGACACCCGCCUGAUCGCCGUCUGCGGCGAGACGGCCCUGACAAACGCCAAGUCGUCCUUCAUCACCAUGAUUCAGGUAUACGAGUACUACAUCUCGCAUAACUUGUCCAAGGCCUUCGAAAGCCUGUUCGGUUCCGUGACCUGUCUGCCCGGUUGUUUCUCCAUGUACCGCAUCCGGGCUCACGAGACGGGUAAGCCCCUUUUCGUGAGCCGCGAGGUCGUUGAGUCGUACUCGACCAUCCGCGUCGAUACGCUGCACAUGAAGAACCUGCUGCACCUCGGUGAGGAUCGAUUCCUGACGACGCUCCUGCUCAAGUACCAUUCCAAGUACAAGACUAAGUACAUCUUCGAUGCUCACGCCUGGACUAUUGCUCCGGACAGCUGGAAGGUGUUCCUGUCACAACGUCGCCGCUGGAUCAACUCGACCGUGCACAACCUAAUCGAGCUGAUACCCCUGGCACAGCUGUGCGGAUUCUGCUGCUUCAGCAUGCGCUUCAUCGUCUUCAUCGACCUCAUGUCUACCGUGGUCCAGCCGGUCACCAUCGCCUAUAUCAUCUAUCUUAUCGUGCUCGUGGUCGAGAAGUCGACCGUCGUGCCCAUCACGGCGUUUGUGCUGCUGGCCGCCAUCUACGGUCUGCAGGCCAUCAUCUUCAUCCUGCGCCGCAAGUGGGAGAUGAUCGGCUGGAUGAUCCUCUACGUGAUCGCCAUCCCCGUCUUCAGCUUCGGCCUGCCGCUGUACGCCUUCUGGCACAUGGACGACUUCAACUGGGGCAACACGCGCGUCGUGGCCGGCGAGAAGGGCAAGAAGAUCGUCAUCACCGACGAGGGCAAGUUCGACCCGGCGUCCAUCCCGCGCAAGAAGUGGGAGGAGUAUCAGGCCGAGCUGUGGGACGCCCAGACGUCGCGCGACGACGCCCGCUCCGAGAUCUCGGGCUUCAGCUACGCCACCAAGCCCAACAUGCCCGUCUCCGAGUACGGCUUCCCCGGGAGCAGGCCGGGCUCCAUGGUCGGCUACCCGCUGGGCGGCGGCGGCGGCGGCGGCGGCGUCUACUCGGACAAGACGCCUCCUCCCCUGCCGCAGAUGCCGCACAGCGCGAGCCGCAUGUCCUUCGCGGCGUCGGAGCUGAUGCCGGGCAACCGCGUGUCGCAGUUCGGCGGCUCGCAGCAGCAGUUCUUCCCGCACAGCGCCUCGCAGCAGGACCUGGAGCUGUCCAACCUGGCGGGCAUGCCGAGUGACGACGCGCUCCUGGCCGAGAUCCGCGAGAUCCUCCGCACGGCCGACCUGAUGACGGUGACCAAGAAGGGCAUCAAGCAGGAGCUGGAGAGGAGGUUCGGCGUGUCGCUGGACUCGAGGAGGGCGUAUAUCAACAGCGCUACCGAAGCGUUGUUGUCCGGGCAGUUGUAGAGCCCGUCCCUUCUUUUGUUUGGACACGAGCGAAAGUCCUGUUUAUUUUUGGGAGGAUUUACAAUCUAUCGUAAUCAUCUAAUGCAUCCGGAGGAGGAGGGUGGUGGGCAAGAGGACCAGCAUAAAUGAGAAAAUCAACACCAUUGGCAAAACACUUGGGGUUCCUUUUUUGGACUCAGAAUAUGCUCGGUUUGAAAUUUACGACGACAUAUCCGGUUCUAUCUUAGUUUG